UUAUGUCCCCCUUGUGAGGUACGUAGUGCACAUACCACAAUCACGAGUAGCUAGUGAACGCUACCGUACGGUAUCUGGUACCGGCCGGCAGAAUGGCAAUACCGUAGUAAAAUACUUCUAGAAAAAAAACCGAAUCGUACCGGUACAAAACUUCUCCUCAUCUUUCGUGGUCUUCGCACCAAAACCCUCGUUCGCAUUGUCGUCGACCACCAUUGCAGCUUUAGGUGGACAGAUCUACAAACGAAGUACCCACUUGGCUUCCAGAGACCAAUACAAACCAAAUAGCAAUCUAUUAGUAACCACUAGACUACAAACCUCACCAUGGUGCCCCGAAACCAUGGGAUCUUUCCCUACUAUGCCGUCAUAGUCAUCACUGUCAUGGGUAUGAUCGGGGUGUUCCUUCAAAACGAACAGCUGGCAUACCAACCGUACUUUGAGGAGUUGACGCAUUGGAAUUCAAAGGCUUCUGCUAACCUCUCGCCCCCCACCACGAAAAAGACAACGACGCCACACAAUGUAGGACAACACAUGGAAAGAACGAAUUCGAAUGCAAAUGCGACAACAAAGCGUCUUGGCAUGACGAGAGACACAACAACCGUUGCUAAACCAGAUAGAAAGACGAACACAAACAAAGAAGAAGACACUCGCCCCUGGUUAAUCGUCCAUGUGGGGCCGCCCAAAACCGCAACGACGACCAUUCAAGACGGAUUUAUCCGGCACGCCAUUAUGGGCAGGCUGGCCGUGGAAGACAAUAUCUACUAUUUGGGCAUGCGGUUCGGCGAGCGAAAGGACUUUCUGGUUGGCCCAAACAAUGCGACGGCGGUGAGAACCUUUACCAUGACCGACAUUAUCAAAAACCAAUAUGCGUUUACCGAAAAAUUGCGGGAGCACCAAAAGGCUGGCCACAACGUGGUGCUGAGUUCGGAGCACUACACGUCGAAGCUCAACGUCGAGAAUCAUUGGGAAGAAAUGUUUAGUGGGACGUUUCUGAGCUCGCUCUACCGGCACACAAAGUUCAGUGACGGAAACAAAUCUGGGGCCAAGCGCAGGAAGAAAAAAAAAGCGAAAAAGCAGGAUAAGACGAAAGAGUUAUCCAAGCAGGAUAGGAAGCGACGAAGACUGACAGAAGAAUCACGGAACGGCACCGCGCCGACGAAAUCCUACCACCACGUGCAUCCAGACUAUCCGUACCAUUAUACCGAUAUGGUCAGCGACAAGCCUUUCGAUUACAGCAGCGAAGGGAUCGAACCCAGCUUUGGCUUUCGGGUCAGAAUCGUAGUGGCCUACCGGCACUUUUUUUCGUGGGUGCCCUCGCUUCAUUACCAACGGUAUUUGCUGGCACCAAAACAAUACAAGAACGACAAAGAUAUGGAGAUGAAGCACAUCCCUAGUCUCAUCGAGUACAUCCUCGACUACCUCGACAACGCCGAAAACAAUGGCAACGGCAAAGAAAUCGACAUCCCCAACAAAGAAGUGGAAUCGAGUGCCAAAGUAGUCACGAGCGGUCGCAAACCCGAUCCUGAAACAUACCAUGGGCUUUCGGGAAGUUAUUUUGCCUACCUCAAGUGGACGUCCCGGCCCGAGCUCUACGACCGGGUCGACAUCUUUGACAUGCACCAGCAACCGGCAUUUAGAACAGCGGCCGGUACCGGGAACGGGAAUCUCUUUACCGACUUUGUCUGCCAGACCCUUCCGGAAGCGACCCACACGUGCGAGUACCUUAUCGAGGACGCGGCCGACACAAACUCGACACACAAUAUUGUCAAACGCACCCGACAGGGCACAAAGAAUCUCAUGACGAACCAGGACAAGCACCGAAUCUUGGAAGCAGCCCGCCGCCGGAUCCCCGAACGGGUUGACCCGAAGCAGAAAAUCAAGAGGAGUGUCCAAAACAACAUCUACAGGAGGAUCGAGGAUUACUUUUACCAGGACAACGGAAUAAUUAACAACGAUAGGAACGACAACGACCUCCUGACCAAUAACGCCCUGGGACCGCUGACAAAGGAGGUGCCCAUGGUCUGUCUCGACGAGCCAAACCUCGCCAAGUUAAAGAAAAUAUCACUGGACUACCUGAGGGAGAUGUCGAGCCUCGUCAAGAUGCACUCCCUCAGGAGGAGGAAGCAAGCCGGGAAGCAAACAAGCAGCCGACGGAAGAAGGGCGACCUGUUCCCAUCGGUGGACGACCGGGACGCCCUGUUGCUGUCGCGGGACUACCACGAGGACGAUCCGGACCCCGAUUUUUCCCAGGUACAAGCGGCGCACGACGCCGAGUUUGACAAGUACGUUGCCAAGAAAAAAUUUUGUAACCUCGAUCUUGACAAGCUCCUCGCCGACGGAAGCUUUUUCGAUUUCGUCUUUCCAGAUUUUGGGAAUUCUACGGCUGCUUCCCCGGCUUCCUCCAUAGAAAGAGAGAAUGAAGAUGAUGACGAAGAAGAGAAUACAGAAGAGGAUGGAGAAGAGACUGAAGACUACGAUGAAAAUGACAGGGAAGGCUCGAAUGACGACGAGGCUAGCACCAACGAGGACGAAAAUGAGAACGAAGGUAACGAAGACACGGACGGUACCACUCCGAGUGAACAAGAUGCGAGUUCUGCAUCGUCAACGCAACAAAAAUUGACGCACAGUGUGUCUUCUACGAGUGCAAUUGAUAUUUCAGAAGCGGAUCAAACAACGCCCGCUGUGUCUUCUACGGCCGCGAUUGAUAAAUCAGAAGCGGACGAAACAAUAGAAGAGGUCGUUGACGACGACAGCAAAGCAAAACUGGAACCACAAGACCCUGCGGACGACGAUGACGAUGGCACGAAAUCGAAACCGAAAAGCACAAAUGAUUACGAUGACGAUGACAAUAUAACGAAAUCGAAACCGGAAAGCACAAAUGAUGACGACGACGACGACGACAGCCCAGCCACCAACAACAUCCAGGACGACGACGAAUAGCAAUUCGGGAAUUCGAACCUCUCAACGAAACCAUUCAGACUAAGGGACGAGUGCGGAGAGAUAUCCAGCAGGUCGUGCACACUAUAGUUGCAGGCAGCCAACGCGUUCGCAGCAGCGGUGCUCAUUUAGCAAUGUUUCCACCCAAUAGUAGAGGACAUUGGCUUCUCAGACCUUUCAGAAUGAAUGAAAUUUCGCGCGCCCUGGAUUGUUCACUGCGUUUCUUUCUCACCGUAUACUACGAGAGAAAUAUUGGAACAUGACCGUUGACAGAGGCAAAGCAAACACAACCAUGUACAAUAGAAGCGCUACAAAACCUAGAUACAACAAAUAUUUUUACAUCAACAACAUUUGUCUAGUAUCCGUUUUCGUUGGAUUUGGGUCGCAACAGCACAAGAACCAUAUUUUGGUAGUUUAAACUUUCCAAUAAAAGGCGGCGGCGAAAUUCGAAGUGUGUCGACGUCGCUGAUGGAUUGGUUUCUACUGUAACGAGCAAUCAGUAUGGGUGGAUUUGUUUCCUCUACCAAGUACUUGUGUAUUGGUGGCGAAAGCUUUUUUUUGGAAUAGCCCAUUGUAUUCAAUAGUAUACUAUCAUUGAAUUUAAUUAAAUCAGAUAAAAAUGUCGUCGUUGGAUGCAGCAAGAGAUUUGGGCUUCGAUGACCAUUGCUUCGUAGCGAUCGGCACAAAAUCGCCGUCUCGUUGUCCGUGCCACCGGUUCUUGCCAUUUGGUUGGUGCGGUUUUCGCCUCGCCCACUUCAGUUCUUGCGAAUCUUGUCUUUUCUGCCAAGCCCACCAAAGACCCCCUUCAUUGCAAUCUGUGCGGUCCCCCACCCCACGCUCGCUGCCUUCUUCGCGCUCUUUUGCCUCUGGACGGCGAUGUUGGGGCUGUAGCAGUAUUCGUUUUGCGGUCCGCCCGAGCGAUUCGCGCUGCGGUGGAGGACAAGCUGGUGGAUCCUGGACGCCCGCUGCUCCUUUUGGUUGGCGCGCUUCACGGCAUUCGC